UUGCUGUUAUCUGUUAUUAUGAGGUUGUGGCGCCACCUUCAGGGUUUUGUGUACACCGCUUACCGCCAAAAGCGCGUGACUAAUUGACUGACAGCAGAGGCGCGAGCGCUCAUCGUAAUUUACCUCAGGAGGUUAUCGAUAUAAUCUUUCAACGGUACUUGACUACAACAAUUAUAAACGCUAAUAUUUAUAACUUAACGUUUUGCCGAAUUUUUUAAGAUACUAGAAAAUAGUAUGUAGUAGUUUUCUUUAAUGUCAUCAUAGCUUUUGAGGAGAUAACGUUAAUAUUAGGAGAAAACGUUAAACUCAAACAUGAACACCAAACAGAAGAAGCAAAUUCAAGCCAAACAAGCGACUGAUGAGUGGACCGGUUUAUUUCAGGAGCUAAGGACUGAAGCUCAGUCCCUGGUGUUUGUCAAACGGAUGAUGGUUGUAGCUGUAUCCUCCAUCACCUAUCUGCGGGGAAUAUUUCCUGAGGACUCCUACAGAUCAAGAUACAUGGACGAUUUGUGUAUCAAAGUUCUUAGACAGGACUGUUCAUGCCCUGGAGCCAGCAAGCUUGUUAAAUGGCUGAUAGGAUGUUUUGAUGCAUUAGAGAAAAGAUAUCUCCAGAUUGUGGUUAUUGGGGUGCACAAAAACCCAGAUGACAGCAAUCAUGUCAUUGAGUCCUAUCAGUUUAAGUUCAGAUACUCCGAUCAAGGACCACUGAUGGAAAUCCUCAGGAAUGAGAAUGAGGAAGUAAGUGUGACCUUGGAGGACACUAAGAACGCUUCAGUGCUCCUGAUCAGGAAGCUGUUUUUGCUUAUGCAGAAACUAGAGGCUUUGCCCAGUUCGGUUUUCCUCAGUAUGAAACUCUACUACAAUGAUGAUGUCACACCACCUGAAUAUGAGCCACCAGGAUUUAAAGCAGGUGUAUAUGACAAUCUGUGGUUUGAGGGAACUGCAGUGCACUUUAGAGUGGGUGAUCUGCAGUCUUGCUUUCACACCAUGAAGUUGCGCGUGACAGCAGCACAGAGCCGCACCAGAAAGUUACAGGAUGAAGGCCAGCAGGAUAACGGAGGAGUAAAUGGGAAACAGGCUCGCUGUAAAGUCAAAGCAGCAGAUGAGGUGACCGAAGACUUCUGUGACCAGGAUCUGCCGUCGGAGAAUGAGUCAGCUGCGCAGUUUAAGAUAUCCAAAAGAACUAUAGCAAAGAGGAAAAGCAGGGGGAACAACAUCUCAAAGAAAAAAAAGAAGAAAGCUCUACGUUAAAGUACAAUAUGUUAAUGUCAGGCAAUCAGUAACUUAUGCAUUCAGAUUCCAAUGUUUAUAAACCUGAUGGUAGUUUAUACUACAUACAUUCUUAACUGUAUAAUUAGUUUUUAAGGAUUGCUCUUUCUUAUAUUUGUAAUGAAUUUGAAAUCUCGAGUAGGAAUGUGUGAUGAAUGCUUUGUGACUUAUUUACUACAUGUUAAAUGGAUAACUUAUAUGCUGUUCAUUACAGUUCAAACAUAAAAAAC